ACUAAGUCUAAGCAGAUCAUCACAAGAAUUUUUCUUGCAAAAGAUGAGGCUAAACACCUUACUUAGCAAUAUUUAUAAGGUGAAACAAAAGUAAAAUAUUACAUCUUACUUUAUGAUUACAGACUACACAAUCUUCGCAACGACGACCAAAAUGGCUUCUAGAGUUCUCGUCUCCACCUCCUUCGCAGAAGAACAUAUUCCUGCGGUGGAAUUGGAACAUGGUGUGGUAGGCCCACCAUGGCCACUGCCACACGCUAAGAGCACAAUGGCUUCUAGAGUUCUCUCCACCUCCUUCGCAGAACAGCACCGUACUAGAGCGGAGCUUGCGCAUCAGGAACUCCCUCACGGGGUGAGUGUACCAUGGCCACUGCACCACCCGAAAAGCAUUCGCAUGCCACUUCAUCUUCGCGCACGUCAUAACGUACGUCUACGUCCUCUAUCCCUUUCGUUUUGGGGGUAUUUCGAAGAUGAUGAUGGUGAUUAUGACUAUUACGCGAAGAUACAGGGGUGGAAUAAUUUUGGCAACGGCAGCAAAAUGUAGGUCCCCGAUUGCCAUCUCUAGGGACCAUCUCUGUCCCCUUGAAU